AUGGGUGCCAUCCUAAGGGUGCUUCACAAAGCGCUGGAUGCGUACUCCUCCGAUGGAGUCUGCGCGCACUGCGCUGGCGAGGCGGUGCGCGAGAAGGACCAGGCCGGCUCAGCGGGGCCGCAGCAGGAGCGGGGCCGCCAGUGGCGGGCCGCCGAGCUCGCCUGCCUGCCUCUCCGCCCGCCUCUCCGCCCGGCCCGAUGCGCUUCCGACGACGGCGCCGGCGAGGGGAGCCGUGGCCCGCCGCGCCCGGCUGCUGGCGAUGGAGCCAUGGCGCUUAGCCGGCGGCGGCGGCGGCGCUGCCGGGCGCUGGUGCUGGGCGCGCUCCUCUCGCUGGCCGGCACCUACCUCUGCUACAGCCUCCUCCUCUUCUGCUGCGCGCCAGAGCCGGAGCCGUUGGUCAGCGGGGAGGCGGCAGCAGCGGCAGCAGCGAGAGCAGCCUCUCCCCGGACGGCCGCCCGCUGCCUGCCUGCUGCUGCCGCCGCCCGCAAGAAACUUCUGCAGAAGUGGCGCGCCUGCCCGGCUACAGCCAGCUCCACCGCCGCGGCGGGCAACGGCUCCUCCUCGCCGCCUUCGCCGCCGCCGCCGCCUGCCUCCCGGAGCGUGGGCACCAAGCGGCUCCCACACGCACUCAUUGUGGGCGUCAAGAAAGGCGGCACCCGCGCGGUGCUGGAGUUCAUCCGCGGCCACCCGGCCGUGCGCGCCCUCGGCACCGAGCCCCACUUCUUCGACAGGCACUACGAGCGUGGCCUGGAGUGGUACAGGCGUCUGAUGCCCCGCACUCUGGAGACCCAGAUCACCAUGGAGAAGACGCCCAGCUACUUUGUCACACGGGAAGCCCCCCGGCGGAUCUUCAACAUGUCUCGGGAGACCAAGCUGAUUGUGGUGGUGCGCAACCCGGUGACGCGGGCCAUCUCUGACUACACCCAGACACUCUCCAAGAAGCCUGACAUCCCCACCUUUGAGGGCCUCUCCUUCCGCAACCGCAGCCUGGGCCUGGUGGACACUUCUUGGAGCGCCAUCCGCAUCGGCCUCUACGCCCUGCACCUGGAGAGCUGGCUCCAGUACUUCCCGCUCUCCCAGAUGCACUUUGUCAGCGGCGAGCGGCUCAUCACCGACCCGGCGGGGGAGAUGGGCAAGAUCCAGGACUUCCUGGGCAUCCAGAGGCUCAUCAGCGAGAAGCACUUCUACUUCAACAAGACCAAGGGCUUCCCCUGCUUGAAGAAGGCCACCCCCGGAGGCACGUUGCCGCGCUGCCUGGGCAAGUCCAAGGGCAGGACUCAUGUCCAGAUCGACCCCGAGGUCAUUGAGCAGCUGCAGGACUUCUACCACCCCUACAACGUCAAGUUCUAUGAGACGGUGGGCCAGGACUUCCGAUGGGAAUAAGCACUUGGACAGGGAGCAGCUUCUGAUUUUGGGGGGGAGAGGGGAGUUUCAUACAAACAUAGGAAGCUGCCUUAGACUGAGUCAGACCAUUGCUCCAUCUAGCUCAGUAUUGUCUGCACUGACUGGCAGUAGUGGCUCGACAGGGAUUCAGGAAGGGGACAUUCCUAACCCUUCCUGAGAUGCUACAGGAGAGGAUUGAACCUGGGACCUUCCGCAUGCAACGCAGGUUGCUCUGUCACUGAACUACGGUCCUUCCCCUUAGGAAUAAAGACCCCAGUCCUGAAUAUUCUGAAUGAACGUAGGAAGCUGCCUUCUGCUGAGUCAGUGUCCAUCUAGCUCAGCAUUGUCUACACUGACUGGCAGCAACGGCUCUCCAGGGUUUGCAGGCAGGAGUCCCUCCUAGCCCUUUCUGGAGAGGCGCCAUCAGGCAUUGAAACAAGAACCUUCUGCUUGCAAGGCAGGUGCUCCAACCCCUGAGCUACGGCCCUUCUCCCUCCACCCCCUCCACUGGGCUGCCUUGGCCUUCCUCUUGGCCCAUGGCAAAUGGUUGGCAGGAGCAAACAUCCGGAAGUGCCAAGGGGUGCCUGUCACCACCACCCUGACUUCACUGGUUUGUGGCCACACACUGCCAGUGCCUCCUCCCCUGGUUGCAUUUUUGCACAUGGGCAGCUGGGCUGGGGGAGCUCCAGAAGGUCCCUUUGUUUGGUGCAAUGAGGGUGUGUGAUGCCCAAGGAUGGAUUUUAUUUUUUAAUAAUGAUAAUACAUGCAUAUAUAUAUAUUAUAUAUACAUACAUAAAUAUAGUCUAUAAAUCAAUAUCACUGCCUAGGCACUACUUGGCACCUGAGAUAUCCAGGGUUUCUGGUUUAAGACCCUUCAGAGCAGGCCUCAGGCAAAGGAGCCAGAAUGUGAGAUCUGGGGGAGCCAUGGUGCGGGUGCCUCCUCUUCCACCUUCUGAAAAAGUGAAUGGGGUCCCACACCUUCUCAGGGGGUGUCAGCCUCAUGCCAAAGGACUGGGCCCCUCUGCUCCUUCUCUUUGGGGGGCUUUUGCGUGAGCCCUGUGUCUCUCCCGCCCCCCCCACACCGUCCUGUUAUGACAUUUCUGUCCUGUGAAUAAAGCACAGAUUUCUGCUGUUACGGGUACUUCAGGCACAGCCCCUUCUCCCUGUUCAGGAUGUGACCCGCCCCACCCUCCUUGUCCCCUCCUCCUGUGAAAUAAAAUAAUGCAAACAUC